AUGAAUAAAAAUCAAGCCACCGGUCAUUCGACUGCUAAACAUGAAACUGAUGAAGAUUUCGAAUGGAUGGUUGAUUCUCCAAAAGAAAAUCCGGUGUUAGCUGAACAACGUCGUGUUCGCGAAAACGAAAUUACCAAAAAGCUCGGCGAGUAUCUAUUGAAAGGUUACUGUAUGUUAGGUGACACUUGUCCUGAAUGCAAUUGCAUUCUUCUGCGUACACCGGAACGUGAAUUACUCUGCGUUGGUUGUAGUGAAAUCGAUGCGAAUAGCAAAAAGAGUGAAAGUGAAGAUGCGACGACAGUAACGACAAGCAAGAAGAAAAAACACUCGAAGAAACAGAAGAAUAAAAAAGAAGCAAAUGAAACCAUCAGCCAUUGCGACCAACUGGAAAGUAAACUUAAAUGGGCGGUCGAUGAACUAACGAAAUCACAAAAUGCAACUCGUAUCAAUGAAAUGUGUUCAGUUAUUCUGAAAUUAACAGAAACAAUCAAAGCUCUGAAAAAACAUGAACAAGAUGAAAACUAA